AUGGGCGACGGCCUAUUCGCCGUAAAAGACAUGCCUGCUGGCACACGAGUGCUCUCGGAUAAGCCACUCAUCAUUGUGCCUACUGCUCCAAUGCAAGCCACUCUGGCUCAAGACUUCGACGCCUUUAUUACAGCAGCCAGGGAUCUCGACCCUAACCUGAAUCUCCCGGUGCAGCUGCUCAGUGAUCAGGUCCGCAGUACUACCCAUCCGCAAACGAUGGAGGUUGUCCAGAAUUGGUUUUUGAGCCGCUUCAGUCUUCAAGAGACUAGCCCGUCGGGCGACUUUAUUCGAAAGUGUGCCGAAGCCUUCACCACUUAUAGAAAGAUGGCGACUCGGCUGCCUCAGCAGUAUGGGAAGGGCGUCUUCUUUACAUACUGUAAAAUCAACCAUUCCUGCUCGCCGAACGCUUUCUCGUACUACGACCACACGAGAAAUCUCAUGAGGGUCCACUUGGUCAGGGACGUCAAGGCUGGUGACCAGAUAUUCAUCUCGUACAUCGACUCGGAGGUGCUCACUCGGGCGGAAAGGCAUGCCAGACUCAACCUCAAGGGCCACAAUUUCGUCUGCAACUGCACCUUGUGCACAAACCAGGAAGUCGAGGCUAUCGUACAAAGGAUCUCAGUCUUGUAUCACUCCCUAUCUAACUUCCUCGUAGAUGAAGGAGUGCAAGCCGGCCAGAUCAACCCAGCCUUCAACACUCCUGACGACAUCAUGGAGGCGAUGGCUACAGCAGAAGAACUUGUGGCCCUCUUCCGGCACCCUUUGGUGGAUUUGCAAGGCAUCGAUCUCAAGUGGACUCUCAACGUCUGCUCUUGCAUGGUCUGGAGACUUGGAGACGUCGACAGGGCAGCGAUGUAUGCGAGGGAGGAGGUGGCUCUGCAGGUUCGGCUUUGGGGUUUCGAAACUGAGCAUUUCGGUCAGAAGGGAAAUGCGAUGAAGUGGCUCCGUAGGGUGGAGGAAGAGCGAGCUCGUGGGUGGUAG